AUGUGCAUUUGGUCCAUCGCCUUCCGGGCGAAUUUCCUCUUUGAGCCAUCCAGCAAGGUGAGAGCUGGCAGUUUUGUGCGUGUGACACCGCAUGCCAACAAGGGCAAGGCGGACAUUUGCCUAGUGCAGGAAUCUGAGGUGACUCUGAACUGCCACUUCAAGUUCCAGUACCAGAACUUCGAAUUCGUCGAGGCAGGGGUUGAAGAUCCAGAUUUGCUGGGAGAUGCGGAUGCACCAGGCGUGCGGCUCAUCCAAUGCCCCACGAACCAGCCUUGGCGCUACUACCGCAAUGCCGUCGGACUUGGGUCGGGCGCGGUGGAACUUGCAAAGGACAAGUUCGGGCAGAACAUCUUUGACCUGCCGAAGCCGACUUUCUGGCAGCUCUUCCAGAAGCAGCUCAUUUCGCCACUGGUGAUCUUUCAGCUCUUCUCGGCAGCCUUGUGGGUUAUGGACACUUUCUGGAAGUACACCUGCUUCACCCUGGGCAGCAUUUUGAUGUUCGAGGCCUCCACGGUCUUGCAGCGCCUGAAGUCCAUGGCGCAGCUCAGGGGCAUGAGCACCAAGAGCUCCUUGGUCUUUGUGUACCGGUGUGGCAAGUGGGAGGAUCGACCAAUCGAGGAACUCCUGCCCGGAGAUUUGAUCUCUUUGCAUACAAAGGCGGAUGAGCACAAGGUGGAGGGAGAGGCAGAGAAGAAGAAGGACACCUUGGUGCCAUGCGAUUGCCUCAUCGUCCGGGGCAGCGCGAUUGUCAACGAAGCCACCCUCACAGGCGAGUCCGUGCCGCAGAUGAAGGAUGCGAUGAGCAGCGCGGCAGAUCCCGAGAUGCUGGUUGAUUGCUUCGGCACCCAUAGGAUACACGCCCUUUUCAGCGGCACGUCGCUGAUUCAGACCACGUCGCCCGAGAAGGAGAAGGCCGUGAAGAGCGGACCCACGUGCCCGCCGGAUGAUGGAAUUGUUUGCUAUGUGCUGCGCACGGGCUUCAACUCCUCCCAAGGAGAGCUGAUGCGAAUGAUUGAGUUCUCCACAGAGAACGUGGGCGCAGAUACCGUGGAGACGGUGCUGCAGCUGAGCUUUCUUUUGGUGUUUGCCUUGGUGGCAGCCGGUUAUGUCAUGAAGAAGGCCUCGGAGGACCCCACGCGGCCCACCUACAAGACGCUGAUCCGAUGCACUCAGAUCAUCACCUCAGUGGUGCCGCCAUCGCUGCCCAUGCAGAUGGCCUUUGCCGUGAACACGGCCCUCAUGAGCUUGUUGAGGUCUGGAAUUUACUGCACCGAGCCCUUCCGGGUGCCCUACGCCGGCCGUGUGACACACUGCUUCUUCGACAAGACUGGCACCCUCACCUCGGAUCAGAUGGUGGCGGUGGGCAUGGUCAACCCCUCCACCAACAAGGAGGUGCCGGUGAAGGACGCUUCACAAAUGGCCUGUGUGGUGCUCAGCGGCUGCCAUUCCCUGAUCGAGGUGGAUAAGAAGCUCCUGGGGGACCCCAUUGAGGUGGCGGCCUUGCGGGGCAUCGGCUGGAGCUAUCAGCCCUCCACAUCCACUGCUUCGCCCACCAACUGGCGCGCGAAGGAGCUCACCAUUGCAAGCAAGAAGGAGUACGUAGCUGGAUUGAAAGAUAGCAUCGAGGCGGACCGGAAGGAGAAGGAGGAGGUGACAAAGAAGAUCCAAGAGCUGGAGAAGAGCUUGAAGCAGGACCGCAUUGAUGCCAGUAAACUGACGGUGGCCAUCAAGCACCGUUUCCACUUCUCUUCGGGCUUGCAGCGGAUGAGCACAAUCUGCAAGGUGACUUCCACAGACAGUAGCCAGUCCGGCGUCUACAGCUUGGUGAAGGGCUCACCCGAAGCCAUCGGCCAAUUGCUGCAGAAGAAGCCCGACUGGUACGACCAGGCCUACACCCACAUGGCUGAGAAGGGCCAGCGGGUUCUGGCGCUAGCCUACACACGGCUAGGUGGUGGCACAGAUGUGGCGAAUAGGCCCAGGGAAGAGGUGGAGCGAAACCUUAGCUUCGCGGGCUUCAUCGCCUUCAAGUGCGAGACGCGGAAGGACUCCAUGCUGGUGAUCAGGUCCCUGCAGGACUCCUCCCACUCCUGCGUCAUGUUGACGGGAGAUGCGCCACUCACGGCCCUCAGCGUCGCUGUGGAGGUGGGCAUUGCCCGGCUGGAGCCGGAGAAGGCCAUGGUCCUGGCUGAGGCGAAGGACGGCUUGGAGUGGCGCCCCGCCAUCUCGGACUCCAAGGCGAAGCCGGUGGAGUACUCCGUCACAGGCCUGCGGGAGCUGAGCAAGAGUCACGACCUCAUCAUGACAGGCGCUCCUUUGGAAAAGGCUUGGCAAAGGCCUGACGGACAGGAGAUGCAAUCGCAGCUCACCGUCGUGAAGAUCUUUGCAAGGCUGUCACCUUUCCAAAAGGAGCAGAUCAUUCAGGCGGUGCGGAAGUACGAGCAGACCUACUCCUUCAUGUGCGGGGACGGGGGCAACGACGUGGGCGCGCUGAAGGAGGCGGACGUGGGCCUGGCGCUGCUCAGCGGCUUCGGCACGGCAAACGUGGGGGCCAAGGGCGGCUCGGAGGAGAAGCAAUUGAGCGGCAAGGCGGAAGAUGAACUGGAGAGAGUGAGAAAAGAGAACCAGCAGAAGGCUCAAGAAAUUAUGCAGAAGUCCAAAGUCGAGAUGGCGAGGAAACAGAAGGACCUGGUCUCCAAGCAGCAGGAGUGGAUCCAGGAGGAGCUGGAGAAGCGCCGUCAGAAUGGGGAGGACACAGGCGUCAUGGCCCAGUUCGGGGCCAUGAAAACUGUCAUGGGCCGCCUCCAGUCAGAGAUGAAGAAGGAGCAGGAGAUGCAGCAGAAGAAGCAUGGCAGCGGCUUUGCAGACAGCGCCGCCAAAUGGGCGGAAGGCUUAGACUCCAUGGAGGACACGCCCAUGGUGCAGCUGGGCGAUGCGUCCACUGCUGCUCCAUUCACGACGCGGACGCCAUCCAUUGGCUCGGUGGUGGACAUCAUUCGCCAGGGCCGAUGUACGUUGUUGAGUGCCGUGCAGCAGAUGCAGAUCAUGAUGCUAGAGUCCAUGAUCGCAGCCUACACCAUGUCCACCAUGUCCGUGGAUGGCACUAGGCCAUCAGAGCCUCAGAUGAUGGCAAGCGGUACCAUGCUGGGCGUCGCGUCCUUGGCCUUCUCCUUCGCCAGGCCCCUGGAUCGAAUGCACCCGGUGAAGCCGCUGUCUUCGGUCUUCCACCCAGCUAACCUCCUCAGCAUGCUGGGGCAGCUGGCCAUCCACCUGGCCUGCAUGGUCUACAUCGCCGAGCUGGCGAAGGUGGCUAUGGGCGAGGACGAGGUCAAGGCCGUCAUCGAGUUCGAAAAGGAGCGGAACAAGCAGCUGGACGCCCUUACAGAGGAGGAGAUGUCGGAGUGGAAUUGGUUCAGCUCCGUGCCCUUCAAGAGCAACCUGCUGAAUACCUGCUGCUGGCUGGUGGAAACCGCACAGCAGGUGUCCGUGAUCUUUGUGAACUACAAAGGCAGACCAUGGAUGAAGGGCCUGCUGGAAAACCAGCCGCUUUUCCUGUCACUCUUCGGGUGCAUUGGCAUGGUGGCAGUUUGUGCCUGGGGCAUGGUGCCGCUGCUGAACUCCACCUUGAACUUGGAGGUGGUGCCUGAGGAUCUGCGGAUCAAGGUGAUUAUUGUGCUGUUCGUCUCCUUGGUUGGCUCCUUUGUCUGGGACCGGCUGAUGGUGGCACUCUGUGCGCCCCACAUCAUGGCGGCGCAGCUUGAGGAGGCGAAGGCCACCACCUGGCGAGACUUCCUGCCGCUGCUGCAGACGGUCGGCAUGAUCGGAGGAGGUGGUCUUGUGCUUGUGUCUGGCAACCCCCUCCUUUUUGGUGCGGCCUUCCUGCUGUACAGGAACUGGAAGAAAGCCCCCGAUGCAGCAGCGGGCGGCACAAGGUGA